UUGCUUUCAUAGUCACGUCAUAACAACAUCAGAUAUUACGAUGACGUCAUAACCCAAUUGCUAUGCAGCUUGUGUCGCAUAUAGACACCAGAGAGACAAUAACAUCAACAAAAUACAUAAUUUUGAUGGAAAGUUGGUGUAUCCAAAGAUAUAGCAAACUGGCAGAAGAAGAGUUAAAAAGACAAGAAACUGAAGAACAAUUCCUCAUUGAUGAAAUGGAGGUCAUCUCGAACAAUCGUAAAGUUAAGAAACUUCAAAGAGCGAGCGAGGAUUGUAGACAAGAGAUCCAAAGUUUAAAGCAGAUUGUUGUACAGUGCAGAAGAGAGAAACUAGCACUAGAUCAAUGCAUCAGUGUCGUAAGCUGCAAGGUUAGACACCAAAAGCUGGAACAUGGACAUUGCUAUUGCGAGAGCUGUCGCGAUAAGUCAGCAGUUAUCGAUUUGUCAAAGUACAAGAGAGGUUCGUGUCACUUUCCGACGAUAGAAGAAGUGAGAUACAACAUAUCAUACCAGUGACCCGUCGCUGACAUAGCGAAUAGACAAUUGCAUGCGUGGUUUAGCGUUUGAUUUUUUCUUUACAUAUAUUUUCGUAAUGAAUCAAUGAUUAAAGAUUUUUUUAAUAAUAUUAUGUAUUUUGUGUUUUUAAUACUGGAUUUUCAUAUUAUCAUAGUCCACUUACUAUUAAAUGCUAGACUAAAUGAUGCUUCAAGUAACGGAAUACGAAUACCUCUGGAAAUACAUUGCCGUCUGAACUGUUUAGUUUGAGUAUAAUGAUUAGUAUAGCUUAGCGUUCAAAAUGAAUAAACUUUGCCAACGAUAACAUUUAAUUUAGAAAUAGUCUCAGAACUAUAUUGCCAAAUUAUCAAAUUCACUUUUCCAUGUUUUAAAUGCAGCAUGGCUAACAAAGAAACAAAGCUAUAAAUCUUAAUCAUUCCUUUGAAAUCGUAUGUCAAGUUAUACGUGGAUUAGCAAUCAGUAUUCGAAAACAAAUAGUGGGGACGUGAAAUACCAGAUACGAGCCAUCGUGUAAGCCACGCCCUCUCCAUCUCUAUCCUUCAUGCUAUGAGUAUCAGAAUGGAUAGGAGCAGCCAAUCCAAAAGUCCGGGAUUCCAUGAACAAUUUUGUUUCCGAGCUGUUGGAAUUAAAUUUAGAUAAUCUAACAAUCUAACAAUUAUUAUUGUAUUACAUUUGAAAUGAUAUCAAAAUUCUACUGCACUGUGGUUAUCAUGUGGUGCCUAGAGCAGAUAUCAAAAUAAAAACCGCAAUCACUCAUUAUAAACAGAUGUGACAUCUGAAAACAAUCUUCAAGUAUAUUAUCAGUUUGCACUUGAACUUGUCUUAAAACUAUGUUUUAAAUAGUUGUGCUAAAUAUAUUUUUUCAGUAUGAUUUUUUAAUCCUCU